AUGUUUGCCAAAGCAACAAGGAAUUUUCUUAAAGAAGUCGACGCUGGUGGUAACUUGAUCGCCGUGUCAAACUUAAACGACUCUGAUAACUUACAACUCCUCAGUCUGGUGACCAAGAGGAAGAGAUACUGGUGCUGGCAGAAGCCCAAGUACCAGCUGUUGUCCGUCACCCUGGGAGACGUGCUCUCCGCAGCCGACUUUCCCAGUCCAGUGGUGGUGGAGUCGGACUUUGUGAAAUACGAGGGCAAGUUUGAGAACCACGUGAGCGGGUCCGUGGAGACGGCGCUGGGCAGGAUCAAGCUGAACGUGGGCGGCAAAGGCCUGGUGGAGAGCCAGUCUUCCUUUGGGACCCUCAGGAAGCAGGAGGUAGACUUGCAGCAGCUCAUCAGAAACUCCGUGGACAGGACGAUAAAGCGGAGCCACCCUCUGCUCCGGUACCUGCUGGAGAGGCGGGGCGAGGUCCUGUGCGUGCUGACGCAGAAGAUUGUGACGACGCAGAAAUGUGUGAUCUCCGAGCACGUGCAGAUGGAGGAGACGUGCGGUGGCGCCCUGGGGAUCCACACCAAGACGGUGCAGGUGUCGGCCUCGGAGGAUGGGAACGUUGUCAAGGACAGCAACGUGGUGCUGGAGAUCCCCACCGCCACCACCAUCGCCUACGGCGUCAUUGAGCUCUACGUGAGACUGGACGGCCAGUUUGAGUUGUGCCUCCUGCGUGGGAAGCACGGUGGCUUCGAGCACGAGAGCCGCGUGGAUCCUGUCUACCUGGACCUCCCUGCCUUCCGAGAGUCUGCCUCCGUGGAUGUCCCAGAUGCCGGCCAUGGCGCGUCUCCCCAGGGCGGGCCUUUACAUGUUCUACAACAAGCCACUUUGCUCCUGGAGAGGAAUUUCCACCCCUUCGUGGCGCUGCCAGCACAGCAACGGACGGCCUUGCGCGGCCUGCUGCACACGGUGCUGCUGGACGAAGAGCUGCUCGCUGCCCUGGAACAAGUGUGUGACGGCAUGAUCAGCAGCCUCUGGCCUCCACUGGGAACACAGUCGCUGGUGGCGGAGCUGAAGCCCCCGCAGCAGCAGGACCUGGAGGCCUUCCUGAGCCUGGUGGGGUGCAGGAUCCAGGGCGGGAGUCCCGGCGCCGGUGGUGAGGUCAGCGACCCGCAGCUCUUUGCCACGGCCCACUUCUUGGUCAGCGCGCUGGCAGAAAUGCCAGAUGCAGCUGCUCUGCUGGGCACCUGUUGGGAGCUGCAGAUUGUCCCUGUGCUGUGCCGCUUGCUUCGCGCUCUGUCUGAUGGUUGGGUCUUUGACCUUGGAGACCCGGCCCUGGCCCCUCUGAUGGACGCGGACACGUUUGAGGUUGCAGAGCGCCUGUUCGCCUUGGCCGACAUCAGCCUGCAGAGGCUGCACUCAUCCUUGCACGGCGCCAUCCUCAAGGACCCUCACGUCUUGCCACUGAUCCUUUACAUAAGUCUGAGUGGACUCUGUGCCCUCGGCGGACAGCGUUUGUGAAUCACAGGUAUAGGUGUGUGGCCGAGGCUGGGUACUGCUACCUUGGGGUUUAGGUUUGAUGGUGCACGGUAAAUGCUGAAAAGGAAAUGGAGUCACUAAACAUUGCACUCUGGGUACCCUUCAAACUGUUCCUUCACCAGUGAGGCCCUCCUCUGCUGCGGCCUGGCGUCCACGUAGAUUCGAGCACUGGGCGGGGGAGGGUGCAGAAUUCUGGGCUGGCAUCCGCUCAGACCUCUCUCCUGCAGAACACUGGGUCCGUCUGUCGUUUUCUUCCAUUUUCCACUUUCUGUUACACGAAAACGGAGGAGGCCUGACACUUUAAUCCAAAAGUUCAUUUUCAAUUGUGAAUGCUGUGGGAAGCCAAUUUCUCCUCACAGAAGAGGCAAAGUUUUGGAUGUGCUCCAUGUUAUUUGGUGAUUGAAAGCUGAGCGGCAAAUGCCACUGGAGAAUAUAUAUUGCUCUGCUAAACAAAACUGUACUUUACCAAGAAAAAUUGAAUAACAACUCUGCCCCCUGCUCGGGGAGGUUUAGCUACACACGUUUUAUGUGACCUUUCCACAUUUCGGGGAAUAUAGUAAUUCCCAGCCCAUAACAAUGUUUUGAUUUUCUAGGCAUUUGGAAUGCAUGCAUUCCUAUGUAAAAUACUGCAUAUUCUGCCACAGAAAACUGUACAUUGUGCUUGUUGUUGGUCUUGAUGCCUUUCUACUAUAAAUAGCCAGGGAUGUCUCACUAGUGCCCCUGGCUCCAGGCUCUGUAUUAUCCCCUGGGGACCAGAAGCAGCACCACCCAUUUACCCCCUUUCUUCUCUUCAGAUUCUAAUGAAUGUUAGCAAGGAAGAAAUAAAGCAAAUAAACCUUUCAUCACUUCUAUUAAAAAGGAGACUCAACUUUAUGCAAAUGCAUAUCAUAGCUGUGUACCGUGUACUGAGAAUAAGUACUUACCUUGUCCACAAAUUGGAAAAAAAAAAUGCAGAAGUUAAGGAGAUGUACUAAUUGAAUACAUGCUGUUUUUGGUCUGGUUUCAUGAAAUAAAGGACAAACUGCUACUGUAA